UGUAGAGAGAGGGGAGACUGCGAAUCUCUUUCGUUUUCUUAAAUAGUGAAGACGGUAUGAGUAUAUACAUGGCAGAACUUUCACACGGGAGAUAUUCAUAGCUGGUAUUGGGGAAUAUCCAGUCCCAUAUCCUUUUCUACCAGUUUUAACCGUAUCUAGGGGCCGACCACACACUGAUUUUUUCCUUUCCAACUAGUCAAAACCCACAUCCUUGACACCACUAAUAAAAUACUUAGGUGGUCUCGUAAAAACCACAGCUCUUUCUCAUUUUUCUUCUAUAUAAACCCACUUAGUUCCCCUCUCUUUUUCCUUGAACAAAAAGAGGAAAAGCAAACGCAAGAGAACACAUUCCCAAGAGAGAAAAAGAAAAUUUCUUUUUUCUUCGGUCUUUGGUGAGAAAAAAUGUCUGAAAUAGUAGGAGGGUGGAUGGAUGAGCUAGCAAAGCUCAAAGAGAAAGUCCAAGCAAAAAGGCCAUUCUUGUCAAGUGCCAAAAAGGACCAGCAGUUUGCCAAGGAAGGACAUGUUGAAGAGAAGGAAGCUAAAGAAGACGAUAAAGAAAGCACAAUGUCGGAAGCUACUGUCUGUUUGCUUAUGGAUCGGUUUGUGCCUUGGUGAUUGAGAGAAUAAGAAAAAAAAGUGUUCAAGAAGUUCCGUUGUAACUUUUUUUCGAGCUUCUAAGUAAAAACAAGGUUUCUUAUCAUGCUCUGUGUAAUUAGAGUUGUUUUGUUGUGGAUAUGGUUUCAUUAAUAUGUUCAUGGCA